AUCGCCAUGACCGAGACAGCAAAUAACCCAUCUCUAGAGGAGAUCGAAGAUGAAGAAACGCUAUUCAGGGAACUUGAGGAGGAAGAUGAUCACGAAUCUUCUCAGUUUCGAGAACGUCGUUUCCAGGAGAUUCAAGCAGAGGUGGCGAGGAGACAAAACAUGAUUGAAAAUGAUCAUGGUGCCUACGAAGAAAUAUCUACCGAAAAGGAAGUCAUGAAGCUCACGACCACAUCCAAGUAUGUUGUAGUCCACUUCUUUCACAAAGAUUUCCGACGCUGCGACAUCAUGGAUAAGCAUCUUAGGGGAUUGUCCCAAGAACACUACCAGACCAAGUUUUGUAAAAUCAACGUAGAAAAUGCACCAUUUCUAGUUGAAAAAAUGCACAUCCAAGUUCUUCCAUGCGUCAUGGCAUUCAUUGAUGGAAUUGCGCAGUCAAAGCUUGUUGGAUUUGACGAACUGGGUGGUACAGAUGGGUUCUCAACCUCCCUCCUUGAAUUUAAACUUGCGAAUGCUGGUGUAAUCAAGAGAAAGGAGACUGGAAUACAAUUUGCUUCGAAAUCCAAGUCAUUAUACCAAAACGACGAUGAUUCCGAUGACUACGACGAAUAAUUCACCAUAUCAGAGAUGACUGUAGUCUGGAAUAUUCUUCUCAACUGCUACAGCCUUUUCGCCUUGUCUUGCUUUCCGUUCUUGUCCGAUAUACAGUAAUCAUACACACUAGAUAAAUCUUUUGAAGCCCAUUUCGAAUUUCGAGAUUGUGGACUAUUGUGCACUGGGUGACGGUUCGUUUACUUCCAGAAUGGAUAAAAAACCAUCUACCGGAAGAAGUCGUCAAGUAUGAAUGUUUUAUUGGCACGCCAGAAGCGAUGCAAAGUGUAUGCGAUGUAGAAACCAAGAUCGUUCGUUUACAUCCAUCAGUGUGGUACAUCUCUGAUUCGCAAUGUUCAUUAUCUCACCUGCAGAUGACAUGGUAUCAAUAUCAAAGUAAUGUCUAC